AUGACUGCAACAAUCGUCUGUCCCAGCGAAGCGGAUGUAGUGAUCUGUGGGGGUGGAGGAGCGGGGUGUGUCAUAGCAACGCGUCUAGCGCAAGCUCGACCUGAUCUGUCGAUACUUCUGCUAGAACAAGGGCCAGACAAUCGAGAAGUGAAACGGUUGAACCGUCCCCUCGAUAGCCUUUUCUGGCUUUUCCAACAAAACCCAUAUCUAAAAUGGAUCGACUGUGAGCCUGAGCAGGAGCUAGGAGGACGUCAGCCAAGGAUACCCGUUGGGAAUAUACUAGGAGGUGGAACAAGUAUCAACACCCUUAUGUACAAUACUCCUGCCGCUUCUGACUUUGACGACUGGAAUCAACCUGGAUGGAAUUAUAGAGACCUGGAGCCGUUGAUUCGCAAAUCGAUCAAAUUCCUGAGCCCAGAGCAGCCUGGAAGCUCACCGCAUAGUGAUGAAGGAGUCUUCCAUGUGUCUCGUGGAGGACAUUCCGUAUCUUACGGUGAAGAGUACGCCAAGGCAUGUAGAUUGGUUUUAGGAGAGGCCGAGGAAUGUGAGAACAUCACAACAUAUAGAACGGGACAUGGGUUCGGUCGACAACCCAAACUCAUCACUUCCGAUGGCAAACGAUCCAACGUAGCAGAUGCUUACCUUCACCCGUGUCUGGCAAAGAACCUCACCGUCGUGACGGGUGUAACCAUAGACAAGGUCAUCUUCAAGGGAAAUGAAGCAGUCGGUGUAAAGGUUAUCGGGAACAAUCUGCCUUCAGCGUCUUUCGGCACCAAUGAGAAGUAUACUAAGACCGUCAAGGCUAAUGAAAUGGUCGUCUUGACCUGCGGAGCUUUGGGAUCGCCAGCAGUGUUAGAGAGAAGUGGUAUCGGUAGUGCAGAGGUGUUGAAGGCUGCGGGUGUCGAGGUGAAGCUCAUCUGCCCCAUGUAUCGAGCUACAGAAGGCUACUAUGAACCUUUCGACAGGUAUGCCAGAGGUGACAAAACCGUCAAAGAGCCUAUAGAUGAAGAAUACGAACGGACGGGCAAAGGAAUCGCUGCCAGUAACGGUUUUGACUUUGGGAUGAAGAUUAGGCCAACCAAGGAGGAGAUUUCAUCGAUGGGUCCUGCAUUUGAGAAGUACUGGAAACGCAUCGGUGCGGAAAAGCCUGACAAACCUCUGUAUUCUAACGUUAUCCUUCCCUACUUCUACUCGUAUCGUCCACCACCUGAAGGCAAGUACUUCUGCAUAGGUGGUUUCCACAACUAUCCCGCGUCCAGAGGAUCCGUUCACAUCAGAAGCACUGAUCCUUUCGCUCUCCCUCGAGCUGUAUCUGGGUUUCUGACGAGACCAGAGGACCUGCCUGUUCAUGUAUGGUACUACAAGAAACAACGUGAAUUCUGUCGUCGAUUGCCCUUUUACGAAGGCGAAGAACCCGACUCUCACCCUCGAUUCGAUCCGACAUCUCCCGCUCGACUCAGAACUUCAGACGAUCUCAAUAGAACAGAUAAGCCCGUAGAAGAGGAUGCUAUACCUUAUUCAGCUGAAGACGAUAGGGUGAUCGAGCAAUAUGUGCGGGAGAAUGUUGCGACAGCUUACCACUCUAUCGGGACUUGUGCAAUGAGGGGUCGAGAAGUGAUGGGUGUGGUGGACGCUAGGCUGAAUGUUCAUGGGGCGAAGAAGCUCAAGGUGGCGGAUCUUUCCAUAUGCCCCUCGAACAUCGGCAGCAAUACCACGAGUAUUGUGUUGCUGAUAGCGGAGAAUGCUGCUAGGAUCUUCCUCCAAGAUCUCGAUGCGACAAAUGGGGGUAGACAUGGAUCUGCGAAGUUGUAA